AUGGACAAACUCUCUGGUCUCGCCUCCAAGCUCAGCGGCAAGGGCUCAAGCUCAAGCUCCGGCUCCAACUCCGGUGCCCAGGGCCAAGAAGACUAUGUCGACAAGGGGCUUAAUGCCGUCGAGAAGAAGUUCGGCGGGGGCAAGGUUGAUCCCGCAAAGAUGCGCUCUACCAAUGAGAAGAUCACCGACACUGGCCGCGAGCAGUUUGAGAAAGCCACCGGAAAGAAGGUUCCCGGCAAGAUCUCGAACUAA